GGGGUUUGGAUGACAUGGAGUAACAAUUCUUUCAAGAUUUUUUGAUCACUGUGAAUGAUGAACUCACAACCCAAUAAGUAUUAUCGCCAUUUCUGCACGGUCUCCACGUCGCAUACAAUUCCUUAAAAUAAGUAGACUAUAUCCAUCGACGAGGGCCCAACUUGUUACUAAAAUAAGCAAUUGGGUGCCCAUUCUAAAGGUACACAACACCCACCCCGUGUGUGCAAGCAUCAGUAUACACAAAAAAAAGUUUAGGUGAAGUGUGGUAGACGUGUAACAUGUGCUUGUGUCAUAGCCACUUUCAACUAACUAAAUACCUUGUCCGCGGCGAGUGUCCACUUGAGAUCAUUUUUCUUAAGAAGUCAGUAAGAGAGGCGUCUAUCCAACUUUCAGGGCUUUGGCCUGCAUGGCUUGAUGCAGUCGAUCCCCAGUAUGGGGCUGCAACGCUUGGACUCUGUGAAAAUAUAAUAAGUGAAGAGGCUGCUCAUGGGAAUCCUAUUAGGCAACGACUCUUGGUUGUGGCAAAUAGGCUACCAGUCUCGGCAGUGAGGAAAGAUGAUGGUUCUUGGGCAUUGAAGCUUAGUGCCGGCGGUCUUGUUACUGCUCUUCUUGGUAUUGAUGCUACAUGGAUUGGUUGGGCUGGUGUGAGUGUCUCUGAUGAGGAAGGGCAGAGGUCACUUAGUAAAGCACUGGCUGAAAUGAGGUGUGUUCCUGUUUUUCUGGAUGAAGCGCUUGUUGAUCUGCAUUACAAUGGUUACUGCAACGAUAUAUUAUGGCCACAUCUCCAUUAUCUUGGACUUCCACAAGAGGAUCGUCCUGCAACAACCAGGACUUUCCAGUCCCAGUUUGAUGCAUUCAAAAGAGCAAAUCAGAUGUUUGCUGAUGUAGUGAAUGAACAUUAUAAAGAUGGUGAUGUUGUUUGGUGUCAUGACUACCAUCUCAUGUUCCUCCCAGAAUGUUUAAAGAAGAACAACAGCAAAAUGAAAGUUGGUUGGUUUUUGCAUACACCAUUUCCUUCUUCAGAAAUCCAUAGGACACUGCCCUCUAGAUCAGAACUGCUGCGUGCACUUCUUGCUGCUGAUUUGGUUGGAUUUCAUACCUAUGAUUAUGCAAGACAUUUCGUUAGUGCUUGUACUAGCAUCCUUGGGCUUGAAGGUACACCUGAAGGAGUAGAGGAUCAAGGGAGGCUUACUCGUGUAGCUGCAUUUCCAAUUGGGAUAGACCCAAACCGCUUCAUUCGAGCAGUUGAAUCACCCCAAGGGCAGACACACAUGAAUGAUUUGCUGCAGCAAUUUGCAGGGAGAAAGGUUAUAUUAGGGGUUGAUAGACUUGAUAUGAUCAAAGGAAUUCCCCUGAAGAUACUAGCAUUUGAAAAGUUUCUCGAGGAAAAUCCAUAUUGGCGGGAUAAAGUGGUUUUGCUGCAAAUCGCUGUGCCCUCAAGAACAGAUGUUCCUGAAUACCAAAAAUUGACCAGUCAGGUCCAUGAGGUUGUUGGACGCAUCAAUGGGAGAUUUGGAACUAUGUCUGAUGUUCCCAUUCACCAUUUGGAUCGAUCUCUUGACUUUCAAGUUUUAUGUGCACUCUAUGCUGUUACUGAUGUUGCACUUAUCACAUCCUUACGUGAUGGAAUGAAUCUCGUCAGCUAUGAGUUUGUGGCAUGCCAGGCAUCAAAAAAGGGGGUUCUUAUUCUUAGUGAAUUUGCAGGUGCAGCCCAAUCUCUGGGGGCUGGAGCAAUCCUUGUUAAUCCAUGGAACGUCGCAGAGGUUGCUGCUUCUAUCAAACAAGCAAUUGAAAUGUCAGCUGAAGAACGCGAAAAACGUUACAUGCAUAACUAUAUGCAUGUGACCACCCAUACUUCUCAAAAAUGGGCUGAAACUUUUGUGAGUGAAUUAAAUGACACUGUUUUUGAAGCUCAGCAAAGUAUAAAAGCAGUCCCACCACGACUAAACUCCAGUGAUGCAAUUGACCGCUACUUGCAGUCCAAAAACAGAUUUCUCAUAUUGGGUUUCAAUGGUGUGCUAACAGAAAUAGUGGAUAGCCCCGAAAGAACAGGCCGUGAUCAAAAUAAUGAUAUGAAGCUUAAGUUGCAUCCCAGUUUGAAUGGACCUCUAGAAGCAUUGUGUAGGGAUCCAAAGACAACAAUUGUUAUCCUCAGUGGAAGUGACCGAAGUGACUUAGAUGCUAACUUUGGUAAGUAUGACAUGUGGUUGGCAGCAGAACACGGGAUGUUUCUUCGAUCUACAAACGGAGAAUGGAUGACUACAACGCCAGAACUUCUAAACAUGGAUUGGGUUGACAGUGUAAAGCAUGUAUUUGAGUAUUUCACCGAAAGGACUCCUAGAUCCUAUUUCGAAAUGCGCGAAACUUCACUUGUUUGGAAUUACAAGUAUGCAGAUGUUGAAUUUGGAAGGUUGCAAGCUAGAGAUAUGCUGCAGCAUCUCAGGACAGGCCCAAUUUCUAAUGCUUCUGUGUAUGUGGUACAAGGACACCAUUCUGUUGAGGUUCGCGCAGUUGGUGUUACAAAGGGAGCAGCGAUUGAUCGUAUAAUGGGAGAGAUAGUUCACAAUGAAGCCAUCACCACUCCCAUUGAUUAUGUGAUGUGCGUGGGACAUUUUGUAGGAAAGAAUGAGGAUGUGUAUUCCUUUUUUGAGCCCAAACUUCCUUGUGAAGGCAUGGGAGUCAGAGGAUCCAAAAUAAAGCCAAUGUCGAUGCCACCCCACCACCAUGAUACACCGCCCAUAAAUGGUGCAUGGAAUGUGUUGGAUCUCAACAAGGAGAAUUACUUCUCUUGUGCUGUUGGUCGCGCUCAUACAAAUGCUCGAUAUCUCAUCAACUCUUCUGAAGAUGUGGUCACCUUCCUAACUGACCUGGCUGCGGCAUUGGCUUCCACCUCACCAUACUUUUAGCGCGGGGUUAAAUCCACAUCCCUUUUCACGUUAUUUGUACAAUUUUACCCUUAAAAUUUGCCAAUUGUUUAUUUGUAAUAACUUUGUGGAUUUAGCCAAAAGGGAUGUAAUUUAACCACACCCAUUAUAUUAAGUCUAAUUUGUGGAAGCUUAAUUAUUGCCAUAUAUGCUGUGUUUUUAUGUUUCCGUUGUGCCAUCAUGUGGUAAAUAUAAUGUCUUAACCUUU